AUGAAUUCAACAUCAACAGACGACGGACAGGUAGCGACGCCAGAUGUCCCUCCAGUGGACCCAAGCGAAACGCGGCAGCCACUCGUAAUCGGCGUAACAGUCACGGCUUUGUUCCUCGCAACGCUCGUCACGGCCCUGAGAGUACACGUUCGCGCUCGCCUACUGAGGAAAUGGGGCUGGGAUGACUCGGCUCUGGUGACAUCUCAUGUCCUUGUAUCUGUCGUUGGGCUUUUAAUGCUCAUUAACACUCAUUUUGGGGAUGGACUGCACCAAGCCACGCUGCCUAGGGACAAGUUUCUCAAAUCCCAAGAAAUCUCAAUCACGGCCGUGGCCAUCUACCAAGCCGCCUAUGCUCUCAUCAAAUCAACCUUUCUCCUACAGUACCGGCGUGUGUUUCCAUUACCGGCUUUCCAAAAGUUAUGUAACAUCUUUUUGGUUUUUAUUAUUGCCUUUGGUAUAUCGCAGGUGAUAUCCCUUUGCCUCGCUUGUAUCCCUCUCAAGAGUCUCUGGGACCACACAGUACCAGGGCGAUGCAUAAGGCUGCUUGACUGGUGGAUGAUUGGUUCCUCGAUAAACCUCGUCACCGACAUCGUCAUCUACGUCAUGCCAUUGCCGCUGCUGCGGACGAUACCCCUGCCCACGAGGCAAAAGAUAGUGCUGAUGAUUACAUUUGGCCUUGGGUUUUUCACCUGCGCGAUAUCAGUCAUUCGCCUCACGACCCUCAAAAGCUCCUCGACCUCCAAUGACAUCACAUAUCAUACCGUCAUCGCCGGAAUCUGGUCAAUAACAGAGCUAAGCUGUGCCAUAAUCUGCCUCUGCGUCCCGACCCUUCGUCCGCUGCUCAGUGGACAGAACUUAAGGGUGCGAUGGCCCUCUUACCUUCGGGCCAAUAUCGAAGAGAACGCCGACACCGAGCUCUGCACGCAGUCCGACGGUGAUGGCGCAGUGAAGAGCAAGACGAGGCGAUCGAGAGCCGAUGCGUACGAACGUUCGACCAGCGGCCACGGGCAGAUCAAUUAUAACGAGGAGACCGGCGGUGGUGGAGCCCCGCAUCCGCGGAUAGAUCUGAGUGACGUUCCAGGGAUCCUGCCCCCGCCCGCGGUGCACAGAACGCCGUCUCAAGAUUCCCCGCCUUACGAGAACUCGCCGCACAGGGAGACUGUACCGCUGACGAGGGUCGACACCGAGGAGGGCGUGCGGUUCUUGUCCGUCGACCCGCCGGAGGCGGAACUGCCCACGCCGCUGCAGCCUCCGCCUCGGCGACAUACCGACAGAGGAGCGAGCCGAGGGGACGGAGGAUAUUUCGGCGCCGUUGUGUGGGAUACGUAA